AUGCGGUUACUCGCUUAUGCAUCGCCGCAAAAAGAAGGCGAUUUGGAAAGAGCGAUACAUGCUAUUAAAAAGGAUAACAAAUAUGUCGAAGUCCCUGACUAUGACAUGUUCCCUGCCCAAGGAUGGGAUCCCCUUUUUCGUGACGCCGGUAUUAAGCCUGAAGAUAAAAGGGGCGAAGAUAGCGGCAUCGAAGAGCGCGAAAGAUCUAAGAUGUGCAUAAAAAAGCUUGAGAGCCUGUUAUCCCCUCCAGCGGCCUUUUUUCAGGGUCACCUCGCUGGGGAACUCCCCUCCAUUGUGGAUGCGAUUGGCUGCACCCCCCUUGUCCGCCUUUCUCGCAUCGCUGCUGCCGCAGGCUGCGCCUGUCAGCUACUAGGCAAGUGCGAGUACCUCAGCGCAGGGGGCAGCGUCAAGGACAGGAUUGCAAGGGGAAUGAUUACGACUGCAGAGGCUGAUGGCUUGUUAGCAGAUGGCGCCGCGAUCAUAGAACCGACUAGCGGUAACACGGGUAUUGGCCUAGCCCUCGUCGCUGCCGUCAAGGGGUAUCGGUCUGUUGCAGUGAUGCCCAUGAAAAUGUCUGCGGAGAAACAUAGUAUUAUGAAUGCUCUAGGAGCUACCAUCCUGCGCACUCCGACAAAGGCGGCGUGGAAUGAUCAAGACUCUCACAUUGCGCUGUCUAUUAGGCUGCAAAACGAAAUGAACGCGCAAAACAAGGUUAAGAAGGAGGCUUAUGCGAAGUGUGAUGGCGUAGGAACGAAGGCCGACGCGAGGCAGCCCGCAUGCAUUCUAGAUCAAUAUCGCAAUGUGGCAAAUCCUGCAUCUCACUUUUUUGGAACGGGAGCAGAAUUGCUGCAUCAGUGUGGAACGAAGCUGGACAUGGUGGUCAUCUGCGCGGGGACAGGAGGAACGCUCACUGGCAUUGGCAAGCGAAUCAAGUUGGCGCUGCCUGAAUGUCUUGUUGUUGGCGUGGAUCCCGUAGGAUCCAUUCUGGCAGAUCCAACCGAGACUCCAGGGAAGCCUUACCUUGUGGAAGGAAUUGGCUACGACUUCGUUCCGACUGUCCUCGAUAGAGAUGUAACAGACUUUUGGAUCAAAGUGACAGAUGCAGAGGGGCUUUUGUGCUCUCGGCUCUUGCUCAAGCUCGAAGGCAUGCUCGUUGGUGGAUCAGCAGGUUCUGCUUUGGCUGGGACGUUCAAAGCCAUAGAACGCAUGGGUUGGAGUGACGACCCUACUAAACGAAUUGCACUGAUCCUUCCAGAUGGAAGCAGGAACUACACUUCCAAGUUUGUCUCUGAUGAGUGGAUGGCUGAUAAGGGCUUCUUGGAACCCAUGGCGCUUCAUCGACAAUACCCUGAGUAUAAAAGCUUGACCAUACAAAGUCUGGAAUUACCACGGCUGCGCUUUGUUUCAGCCCAUAUCCCAUUAGUGGAAGCAGCAGCACAGUUGAUGAAGUCUCCGCAGCGUUUCCUAGUGGUUGUAGACACUACAGCAGCUCAAGCAGAAGCCGAGAAGGACGGCGUACCCCUUGCCCAUUUGCUUGGCACCGUUUCUCAGAAAGGCCUUCUUAUGGCGUUGGGAGACAUGCCCAACGACACAACGAUUGAAACCAUUGCAGAGACCGACACUCCUGUGUAUAACAAGGCCACUCCUCUAUCGCGUGUCGCCCAGAGUCUGGAGCUGCGCUCAUUCAUUCUCGUUGAAUCGGACGGAGUCGUAAAUGCAGCGGUUGGAGCAGACCAGUUGCUACAGGCUUUCAUUGCCAAAAAGUAG